AUGAACUCGUUCAAAAGCAAUUGUACAUUACCCCCAGACGGAACAGCCUUCGUCGCAUCACCUGACGUCCGAGGGACAUUCGAUGUCGUCUGGAGCUGUAUUAGUGUGCUUCUCAUCUGCACUUGGUCGAUUCUCCAUCUCAAUAUUCCGGUGCAAUCGACUCCACGAACGAAAGUUCAGAAAUAUGUUCGAGCCUCAUUCCGGACAUGUACAAAAAUAAAGUGGAUGUUGAUGAAUGUAGUUGCCCCAGAGUGGGCCCUUGGAAAAGCUUGGAGCGAUUAUCGUUCAGUUGCUUCGCUCGAAGCCAGCUUUAAGCCUUAUGAGUGGAGCCGUUCUCACAUCUAUCUCGCGAAUAUGGGUGGCUUUGCUAUUUCCUUCCCUUCUUCAACUAUGGCCGACUCUAAGGCAACUGAGCGCGAUAUUUGGAUUCUGGACGCGAGCCAGCUACUACUCGCCCUCAAGCUCGGAAUCAUCGCCGAGCUUCCUUACGUUUCAGAAGAUGAGCUGAAUGACCGGAGCAAGAGCGACGUUUUCGUGAAGCUUAUAGCCGUUGGCCAAAUUAUCUGGUUUCUUAUCCAACUUGUCUCGAGACUAGCGCGCCGCAUCGCAACGAGCCAAUUGGAAAUCAUGACUCUCGCCUUCGCAGCCUGCACCGUCGUCACAUAUGCCCUCUUGCUAGACAAACCGAAAGACGUCCAAACCACCAUCACGAUUCCCGCGAAACGAUACGCAACAGCCGCAGAGAUGAACCGGCUCGCGAACAUGGGCCCGGCGUCCUAUUUAACGAACCGAGGACGGAACGUCUGUAUCCCAAACAACGCCAUCCACGCCGAGGACGGCUCCUCCUCUGGCGGCGUCGUCGCUCUCUCCGCCGGCGCAGCAUUCUCCGUGCUCAUCUUCGGAGGCUUCCACUGCCUAGCGUGGAACUUCACCUUUCCCACCCCCGCGGAACGGGUGUUGUGGCAAGCGGCGUCGAUCUUCACCGCUGCGUUCGUGCCGGCGUUCGUUCCGGCGUCGUGGGGUAUCGCUACUGUUGUCAUCCUCGCGUGGAAAAAGUUCCGCCCGCCGCCGCCGCGAGAGAAGAGUCCUAGCGGGGCGCGGUUCUCGGCGUCGGAUACCGGGAUGGGGGUUUCUACUACUCUGUUCGUGGGAGGAGUACUGCUGUUUUUUGCGGCGAGGGUGUUUAUUGUUGUGGAGGUUCUGAGGACGAUGGCGUUCUUGCCUCCGGGGGCGUUUGAGACGACGUGGUCGAGUGAGCUUUUGCAUAUUGGUUGA